GCGAUAUGUGAUAUGCAGCGAUAUGUGAUAUGCUGUGAUAUGCGAUACGCGAUAUGCGAUAUGCGACCUGCAAGCAUAUGCGAUCUGCAAGCAUAUGCGAUCUGCAAGCAUAUGCCAUAUGCGAUCUGCAAGCAUAUGCUAUGCUAUGCUAUGCUAUGCUAUGCUAUGCUAUGCUAUGCUAUGCUAUGCUAUGCUAUGCUAUGCUAUGCUAUGCUAUGCUAUGCUAUGCUAUGCUAUGCUAUGCUAUGCUAUGCUGUGCUAUGCUAUGCUGUGCUAUGCUAUGCUAUGCUAUGCUAUGCUAUCUGCAAGCAUAUGCAGUAUGCAAGCAUAUGUGAUCUGCAAGCAUAUGCGAUGUGCAAGCAUAUGCGAUCUGCAAGCAUAUGCAAUGUGCAAGCAUAUACACUCUGCAAGCAUUUCAUAUGCGAUGUGCAAGCAUAUGCGCUCUGCAAGCAUAUGGGAUGUGCAAGCGUAUGCGAUCUGCAAGCAUAUGUGAUCUGCAAGCAUAUGCGAUCUGCAAGCAUAUGCAUCAUGUUUUAUGUUUCAUAUUUGCAUAUAUGCAUAUGUGCGAUAUUAUGUAAUAUGCGAUAUGCAGCGAUAUGCGAUAUGCAGUGA